AUGUGCUAUGAUGAAGGAGUGACCUAUGGAAUGACAAGCUCCUGUGCCUAUUACUACACCAAAGUGAUGUCUGAGCUCUUCUUACACCCUCCGUCAGACACUGGAGUCUCCUUCCAGGCCAUCAGCAGCAUGGUGGACUUCUAGGAUUUUGUCCAGGGCCCACUACUGGACAGUUUGUACUGGACCAAAUGGUACAACAACCAGAGCCUGGGCCGAGGCUCCCACUCCUUCACCUACUAUGAGAAUCUGCUGCUGGGGGCUCCAAGGCUGUGGCAGCUGAGGGUCCGCAAUGACUCCUGUGUGGUACAUGAGGACUUCCGUGAGGACAUUUUGAGCUGCUACAAUGUCUACUCUCCCAACGAGGAGCAGCUCCCUUUCGGGACCUUCAAUGGCACAGCGUGGACAUACCACUCACAGGAUGAGCCGGGAGGUUCCUCUCACUGGGACCAGCUCACAAGCUACAGUGGAGCUGGCUACUACCUGGACCUUCCAGGAUCCCGACAGGCCAGUGCAGAGGCACUCCAGGACCUUCAGGAGGGCCUGUGGCUAGACACUGGCACCCGGGUGGUCUUCAUAGAUUUCUCAGUCUACAAUGCCAACAUCAAUCUUUUCUGUGUUCUGAGACUGGUGGUGGAGUUUCCAGCUACAGGAGGUGCCAUCCCAUCCUGGCAAAUCUGAACAGUGAAGCUGAUCCACUAUGUCAGCAACUGGGACUUCUUUAUCAUUGGCUGUGAGAUCAUCUUCUGCAUCUUCAUCUUCUACUACGUGGUAGAGGAGGUCCUGGAGCUCCACAUCCACUGGCUUCAUUACCUCAGCAGCAUCUGGAACAUUCUGGAUCUGGUGGUCAUCUUGCUCUCUGUUGUGUCUGUGGGCUUCCACAUAUUCCGAACCCUCGAGGUGAACCGACUGAUGGGGAAGUUCCUGCAGCAGCCAAACGCAUAUGCUGACUUCAAGUUCCUGGCCUUCUGGCAGACACAGUACAACAACAUGAAUGCUGUCAACCUGUUCUUUGCCUGGAUCAAGGUAUUCAAGUACAUCAGCUUCAACAAAACCACGACUCAGCUCUCCUCCACGCUGGCCCGCUGUGCCAAGGACAUCCUGGGCUUUGCCGUCAUGUUCUUCAUAGUGUUUUUCGCCUAUGCCCAACUCGGCUACCUGCUUUUCGGGACCCAAGUGGAAAACUUCAGCGCAUUCAUCAAGUGCAUACUCUGGUUUCUCCGUUUCACCCAGUUCCGGAUCAUCCUUGGGGACUUUGACUACAAUGCCAUCGACAAUGCCAGCCACAUCCUGGGACCCACCUACUUUGUCACCUACAUCUUCUUUGUCUUCUUUGUGCUCCUGAACAUGUUCCUGGCCAUCAUCAAUGACACAUACUCAGAGGUCAAGGAGGAGUUGGCUGGACAGAAGGCUGAGCUGCAACUUUCUGACCUCCUGAAACAGGGCUACAACAAAAUCCUACAGAGGCUACGUCUGAGGAAGGAGCAGGUUUCAGAUGUGCAGAAAGUCCUGCAUGGUGGGGAGCAGGAGAUCCAGCUCAAGGAUUUCACCAACACCUUAAGGGAGCUGGGGCACGCAGAGCAUGGGAUCACUGAGCUCACAGCCACCUUCACCAGGUUUGACCAAGAUGGGAAUUGCAUCCUGGAUGAGAAAGAGCAGGAACAAAUGCAACAGGACCUGGAGGAGGAGAGGGUGGCCCUCAACAUUGAGAUUAAGAACCUGGGCUAGUCCACUGUGAGUAGCCCACCAGGCGAGUAGGGUCCAGAAGCUGCCAGACCAGGUGGUGGGAUUUCAGGAGAAGAAUUCUACAUGCUCACAAAGAGAGUUCUCCAGCUGGAGACUGUCCUGGAAGGAGUCACAUGCCAGGUUGAUGCUGUGGGCUCCAGGCUGAAGAUUCUGGAAAGGAAGGGGCAGCUGGCUUCCUCCGUAGGCAGGGGGGAACAAGGCAUUUGGGAGCACCUGCAGCCAGCCCCAGCUGUGACUCCAGCCAUCUGGGGAGCCCAGGGUGCACAGGAGAGGGGUCGGGGAGAGAUCCUAGAGCAUCAGACAGCAGGUUCUUCUCUCACUGCCUCUCCAGAGACCCCCUCAACCCACACCCUCCACCUCUAGGGCAGCAGUUCCCACCGCUGCUGCUGCCCAGCCACACACUGUGUCUGGCC